CUUCGAGUAAAAGAUGAACAAGCACUUUAGCCUAACUUCAUUUAUUUGUCUUUAUAUUUUUUUGUUUGGUUUAGGAGAGACUGCCAUAAAUAAUGGUGAGCCUUGUUCACCUAAGGACACAAGGAAUGUUGGAGCUGUGGAGGAACCACUCCAAGCGGAAGAGAAAAAUAAAUCUGCAGAUAUUUCAAAACAAAAAGAACAAUGCCUUGUACCAUGUGAUGCUCAAGCUAAAAUUUUACAAGGGGACAAACAUUACAUGUGCAGAAAUUUGCAGAACUCUGUUGCUGAAUACGCCAGAAGUACAAAAAAACUGGUAAGAGACAUGAUGGAUGAUCAACAGUCUUCACUGGAUUACCUUUCUAAUCAGGUAAAUGAACUCAUGAACAAACUUGUUCUUUUGAACACAGUAAUUUUGAGAAAACAUCUGGAUCCACUUCCUUAUAAAGCAGUUCAAUCUCAUGGUUUGGACUGCACUCAUAUUAAAGAUACUGUUGGUUCAGUUUCAAAAACUCCAAGUGGUCUAUACAUUAUCCAUCCAGAAGGAUCAAAUUAUCCUUUUGAGGUUUUGUGUGACAUGGAUUUUCGAGGAGGUGGAUGGACUGUGAUUCAGAAAAGAUCUGAUGGAAUUGUUCAGUUUCAGAGAACAUGGUCAGAAUAUCUGGAUGGAUUUGGUGACCUUAAUGGAGAAUUUUGGCUUGGGCUGAGGAAGAUUUUUGACAUAGUAAAUCAAAAAGCCACUCAUUUCAGUCUUUAUGUGGAUUUGGAAUCAGAAAAUGAUAAGCGUGCCUAUGCAUCGUAUGAUGGAUUUUGGAUAGAGGAUGAAACAUGUUCUUUUAAGAUCCAUUUGGGGCAUUAUUCAGGAAAUGCUGGUGAUGCAUUUAGAGGAUAUAGAAGAGAAGAUAACCAAAAUUCCAUGCCUUUCAGCACUUUUGAUGUUGAUAAUGAUGGAUGCAGGCCAAUGUGCACUAUUAAAGGACAGCCAGUAAAGAGCUGCAGUAACUUCAGUGAUAACACCGGGUGGUGGUUCAACAAGUGUGGCCUUGCAAAUCUCAAUGGUGUUCAUCGCUACACAGGAAGAUUCCUUGCAAGUGGGAUUCACUGGGAUACAUGGAUGAUGAACAAAAAAACAGUCAAAAUUAAAUCAGUUUCAAUGAAAAUUCGGAGAACCAAUUAUCCGUAUUUCCAUUAAUGUAUGAAAAUAGAAAUAUCUCUCUCCUUGCAAUUAUGUGGAGUGAUGUAUCACUACAAUCAUAACUACCAUUCAUCUUCACUUGAACAUUUCAGUCUUAAAACUUGAUUAGAUAUUUCUAUAAUACAGUUACUCAUUUUUAUUAUGAAAUGUCAGCAUUUAUAGUGUUCCAGCUUGAGAAAGAAGGUCCUAAGAAAAACUGAGUUUUCAGAAAAAGUAUUGAGUGUUUGUCAGCUUUUAUUCAAUUGCCUCUUGGAAAAUCUCAGAACAAACAGAAAAAUUAUAAAAAGAAGUGUAAUGCUGACUUUUGAAUGUGGUCUUUCUAUGCUCUCCACAUAUCUAAAUUGGCAAGAAAGUUCAGCAAAUUUUAUUUAAAAAAACCCCAUGUACCUCCCAUUUUCAUUGUAAUAGUUUGGAAAAAUACUUCAUCUUAAUUUCCAGAAUCAGCUUUUCUUUCUAUAUUUCUUUCAGGCAAGAUAACAAUUUUUUCAAUGUAUAAUAAGUUUUUGUGUAUCAUCAGGGCCCAAUUUUUAUACAAGUAAGGUUGAUAGUGACAUUCAAGAGCUAUGACCAGUUUUAUAUUUAAUUUUCACAGUCAAUGUAUUUCAUAAUCCAGUUUUGACUCUACCAUUUUCUAUUUCACAGUUGACUACAAAUGAACAUUUUUUUUACAAAGAAAACAUAUAGCUUUUCAUAUAACCUUUGCAGUUUUAAUUUUUGGGUAUAUGGGCCUGAUCUUAUGGUUUUUAUUCUUAGUGGCUUUCAUUUUGUGAAUGAUCAUGCGGUAAUGAUGAAUAAAACCAACUUAAGUUGUGUAAACACAUUUAAAACUAAGGAUUGUGAAUUCUCUGAAUUUC